AUGGAAGAGCACGAGAUGGCAAUGUUUUUGCAACAACACCAGACGCAGCUCGUGGCAGCGCAAGUACCACCGAUAUUAUGGCCGAUAGUAUACUACAAGAUCAAGCACGAGGUGUUUGAUGCGGGCACUUAUUUUUUCUUGGCUCAAGACGAAGAUAAAGACAUGCACCUUGUUGUACGCGAUGACGUCGAACUAACAGCUGUACAACCUGAUACGGAGGAAGCUUUGUUCUUGAUUGAUCAUGCUUGGACAUUUACGGCAGAAAAAAUGCGUGAACAGCUGAUGAGUUUACCAUCACUUGUUGCGAGAAUGGAGAAUUUAAUGCAGUUAGGAUCAAGUGAUACUGUCGAGAUGUCCAUGGACGAGCGAGUGGAUGCAGUUGCUAAUCGUGUGUGGCGCUAUGCGAAUACGUAUCAACUUGAUAAUAUCAAGCCGGAAGACGCAUCGACGAUCUGGUAUGUGAUGGAUGAAGUUGGAUCAGCCAUUGAGCACGCAAAUGAACCAAAUGUGCGUAUGGCCCCAUUUUACUAUGGCAACUCGCAGUGUGUCUUCUCGCUCGUGUGGAUUGUCCAGCCUAUCGAAGGUGGUGACUUUCUGUCUCGGGACUAUUUUCCAAAGUUUGCGGCUGACGAGUCAAUGCACACGGCACUGCUUGCAGCGCUGUUCUACGAGUUUGGUAAGGCUGAUAAUUUGUAUGUGGACGAGCUACAGGAGAUCGUCGCUCGACGCAAACAAGCAUACACGCUGGAUAGUGCUCGCGCGACAUUUCACGCCAUCGUUAGCCGCGACUCGGAGACGUUGCCGGACCCGACAACGACUGUCACAUCGACGCCGCUUUCUACCAAUGUUGCAAGCUCGGAGCCGCUCCGAGUGUUUUCUGAUCUGAAGCUGGUGCACGACAACUUGACCAAUCCGCGUUUUAUGUUUGUGGACAACGAGGAUGAUGCACAGGUUGUAUGGUCCACCCAGCACCUUAAAGACUUUCCAAAGUAUACCGCCAACGAAAAUGUGUACAUCAUUAACCAGUUUCCGAAUGAAAAAGUUCUUACCUGCAAGGAUCUGCUUUACGAAAUGUGCAAGCUGCAUAAUGGUGGUAAACAACCGGGCUGGCUCGCGGAGACAUAUAAUAUGAUGAGCGAGUUUCCUGAGCUUAUUGCGCAAUUCAUCCGACGCGACGUUAUUGCACAUGAGAACGGCGAUGACGAUGAUGAAGCCAAUCACUGGAUCUGCAAACCCUGGAACAUGGCUCGGUCCAUCGACACAUGUAUAGCGCACAAUGCGCCGCAUCUCGCUCGUCUAACCGAGACUGGUCCGAAGGUCGCGUGCAAGUACAUUUAUCGUCCGCUGUUGAUUGACCAACGCAAGUUUGACUUCCGUUUCCUCGUGAUGUUGAGGUCGACGGAACCAUUGGAGCUUUACCUCAGUGGUGUCUACUGGCUUCGCAUCGCAAACAAGGAGUUUACGAUGGACAAUUUUGAGGAUUUUGAGAAGCACUUUACCGUCAUGAAUUACUCGGACUUUCCCGUUCGGAUCAUGGACAAUGCCGAGUUUCUAGAGCGAUUUGAUAACGAAUACCCAAGCGAAGACUGGUCCGUGGUGUACGCCAACAUCUGCUCCUCUAUCAAGCAGCUGUUUGAAUUUGCGACGGCGCAGCCUCCCCCGCUUGGCCUAGGUCGUUGCGCAAAGUCGCGUGCGUUGUAUGGCGUGGACGUGAUGCUAUCGUGGGAAGCCGAUGAGGAGACUGAUGACGAGCAUUUGCGUCCGAUAAUCUUGGAGACAAACUUUCAACCGGACUGUACCCGUGCUUGUAAGUAUUACCCGAACUUUUACAACGAUGUUAUGAACGUGCUGGUGCUAGAUUGCCCGGACGACACAGUGCAUGGCUGCACUCGUCUUUAG